AAGCAGCCUGCCAGGCACUGGAGCCAAAAUGAAGACUCCAGCCUCUGCCCACGCCUGUGGCAUCGUGCUGGUCCUGCUCUCACUGCUGGCUGCCCUCCAGACCACCUCUGCCCAGAAGAAUGACAUCGACAUCUACAGCCUCACUGUGGACUCCAAGGUCUCCUCCCGAUUUGCGCGCACGGUCGUCACCAGCAGGGUGGUCAACAGAGCUGACAGUGCGCAGGAGGCCGUCUUCCAGAUGGAGCUGCCCAAGAAGGCCUUCAUCACCAACUUCUCUAUGAUCAUCGACGGUGUGACCUACCCAGGGAACAUCAAGGAGAAGGACGCAGCCCAGGAGCAGUACAGUGCUGCCGUGGCCAGGGGAGAGAGCGCCGGCCUUGUCAAGACCACUGGGAGAAAGAUGGAGCAGUUCCAGGUAUCAGUCAGUGUGGCUCCUGCUGCCAAGGUCACCUUUGAGCUGGUGUAUGAGGAGCUGCUCAAGCGGCAUCUAGGAGUAUACGAGCUGCUGUUGAAAGUCCGGCCCCAACAGCUAGUCAAGCACCUGCAGAUGGACAUUCACAUCUUUGAGCCUCAGGGGAUCAGCUUUCUGGAGACAGAGAGCACCUUCAUGACCAGCGCACUGGCGAAUGCUCUUACCACCUCACAGAACCAGACCAAGGCUCACAUCCGGUUCAAGCCGACGAUCUCCCAGCAGCAGAAGUCUGCAGAGCAACAGGACACAGUCGUGGAUGGCAGCUUCAUUGUCCGCUAUGAUGUGAACCGGACCCUCUCUGGGGGUUCCAUUCAGAUCGAGAAUGGCUACUUCGUGCACUACUUUGCCCCUGUGGGCUUGCCCACAAUGCCCAAGAAUGUGAUCUUUGUCAUUGACAAGAGUGGCUCCAUGAUGGGCAAGAAAAUCCAACAGACCCGGGAAGCCCUAAUUAAGAUCCUUGAUGACCUCAGCCCCAAAGACCAGUUCAACUUCAUCAGCUUCAACGGGAAAGCAACCCAGUGGAAGCCAUCACUGGUGCAAGCUUCAGCUGAUAAUGUGAAGGAGGCCAGGGACUACGCUACCAACAUCCAAGCCCACGGAGGGACCAAUAUCAAUGACGCAAUGCUGAUGGCCACACAGCUGCUGGAGAAAGCCAACCGGGAGGAGCAGCUGCCCGCAGGGAGCAUUCCCCUCAUCAUCCUCCUCACCGACGGGGACCCCACUGUGGGGGUGACUAACCCCACGCGGAUCCAGAAGAACGUGCAGGAUGCCAUAGGUGGCCAGUACAGCCUCUUCUGCCUGGGCUUUGGCUUCGACGUGAGCUACGCCUUCCUGGAGAAGCUGGCGCUGGACAACGGUGGCCUGGCCCGGCGCAUCUACGAGGACUCGGACUCCGCCCUGCAGCUGCAGGACUUCUACCAGGAGGUGGCCAACCCACUGAUGACAGCAGUGACCUUUGAGUACCCGAGCAACUCUGUGGAGGAGGUCACCCAGAACAACUUCCGGCUGUUCUUCAAGGGCUCUGAGGUGGUGGUGGCUGGGAAGCUCCAGGGCCAGAGUCCUGAUGUGCUCUCAGCCAAAGUCCACGGGCAGCAGAGCAUGCAGAACAUCACCUUCCAAACGGAAUCCAGCGUGACAGAGCAGGAGGAGGAGUUCCGGAGCCCCAAGUACAUCUUCCACGGCUUCAUGGAGAGACUCUGGGCAUACCUGACCAUCCAGCAACUGCUAGAGCAAAUGGUUUCCGCGUCAGAUGCCGAUAAGCAGGUUCUGAAGACCCAAGCUCUGGGCUUGUCGCUCAACUACAGCUUUGUUACCCCCCUCACGUCCAUGGUGGUCACCAAACCUGAAGGCCAAGAACAGUCUCAAGUUGCUGAGAAGCCUGUGGAAAAUGGAAACAGUCACAGGAAUGUUCAUGCAGGUCACGCUGGCUUCAGAUUUCAUUCCUUGGGACACGGAGGGCCCAGACUACUAGCUGCAGCUCCCGGGAUGCCACUUGGCUUGCCAAAACUGAGACAACCUGGACCUGUUGUUCACCGUCGCUUAUAUAUACCCCCUCAUGAUGACUUGGAUCUGAGCCUGCACAGCCUGUCAGCGCCUACCCUCGCAGAUCAUGUUGGAGACUUGCAUGAAGAUGACGUGGAUUUAAAUAUCAAAGAAACAGAUCCAAUAGCCCGAUUACCAGACAUCACCCAGGCUCCUGCUGUCAUCCUGCCGCUGCCUGGGCAGAACACGGACCGGCUCUGCGUGGACAUCAAGCACUCUGAGGGGCCAAUGAACCUGUUCUCAGACCCUGACCAAGGGAUUGAGGUGACUGGCCAGUAUGAGAAGAAGAGGGCCCAGUUCUCAUGGAUCCAGGUGACCUUCAAGAAACCCCAGCUGCAGGUCCACGCGUCUCCUGAGCACGUGGUAGUGACUCGGGACCGAAGAAACACUGCAUACAGGUGGAAGGAAACGCUGUUCUCAGUGAUGCCCAACUUCUUGAUGACCAUGGACAAGGCAGGGGUCCUGAUGCUCAGAAGCCAAGACAAAGUGACCAUCGGCCUGCUGUACUGGAAAGGCCCCGGGCAGGGCGUCCGGCUCCUUUUGCAGGACACCGACCACUUCUCCAGCCACGUCAACGGCACCUUUGGCCAGUUUUACCAGGGUGUGCUCUGGUUGCCUUCAGCAGCAGCUGAUGACAGCAAGCGAACACUGAUGGUUCAAGGGCAUAACUACCCUGCCACCAGAGAGCCCAAGCUGGAUUACCAAGACGGGACCCCAGGAAUAGAGUUUUCCUGCUGGUCUGUGAAGCUAUAGUCCUGAUGGGAGGAGCCACCCCAACCCGCCCCGCCCCGCCCCCAUGCCACACUGCUGUGUGCUGCAUCCUGUGACCGCAGGGCCACCUGUGGGGCCUGAGCUAUGAUGGGGAGGGGAGUCCCACUUAUUACAAAUAAAGAAAGGCAGCGUAAGCCGGGG